UGUGUGGGGGGGGGUCUUGUAUUUCUACCAUUCUUGAGACAUCAACAAGGAAAAGCACCUUCCAUAUGAGGAGGUGUGAACAUGUGAUGACAUAAAUCAUGGUCCCAAUACGGAAAACCAUCGCAUCUAAUAGAGAAUGUCUCAUUAGCACCCCUGGUGGUGAAAUCUAUCAAAAUUAGGGUGGUGCCAAAAAGGAGGGAUUUUUCAAAUUGACUGUGUCGCUUUUAAAAGUGCUCCUCCUUUGGCCAACAUAUGAAAUAACAAGUGUGUGUAAAAAUUUGAAGUGCUCCCCCUCUGGUCAACAUAUGAAAUAACAAGUGUGUGUAAGAAAUUAAAAUGCACCCCCUUUGGCCAAAAUUAAUGAAAAAAAUUCAAUAUGUAUAUAGAGACAUACUGUAAUAACUUGAUGUAAAUUAUGAAGAUUAAAAACCAAUUACGAACAAAAAAUUAACUAAAAGCAGUGUUUUUCUCACAAUGUGUCGACUUUUUUCGUAUAAAAUUGGGAACAAUUUCUCAUAAUAUUUCUGUUUCUGUAAUAUUGCAAUAUUUUCUCGUAGAACUAUUACUUUUUUUAAAUGUAAAAUUAUUACUUUUUAAUGCAAACGGGUGACAUUUGUCAUGUAAAACUCUGACUUUUACCCCAAUGUUUUGUUGUUCCUGUAACCCAGUGACAUUUUUUUGGAGUAAAAUUACAACUUUUGUCAUCAUUUUGCCAAGUUCAAUUCCGAUUAUUAAAAUAUUGCCAAAAUUUAAAAGUUUUCUUAUAAAAUUGUGACUUGUCGAGUGAAUUUAUGACUCUUUUCAUAAAAUUGUCAAAAUGUUAAGCUUUUCUUGUAAAAUUGCAUCUUAUUGAGUACAAUUCCAACUUUUAUCAUAAUAUUGCACCAAUGUUUCGUUUUUCUUGUAAAGUUUUGACUUGCGUCGAGUAAAAAUACGACUUUUAUUAUAACACUGCCAAAAUUCUAAGUUUUUCUUGUGAAAUUGUGACCUUUUUCUUGUGAAAUUCCAACUCAUUUUUCACAACAAGCUUUUUUAUAUUUGCAUAGUAUAUAUAUAUUAUUAAUGUUGUAAAUUCACAUCUUUAUAUAUCUAGAAAGGCUGGUCCUAAUGAGGUAGGCAUUUUUCAGAGGUCUCAAGAAGGUAAGAAAUACAAGAAAGUGUGUAUAUGUGUGUGCGUGUGCACGUGCAUGUGUGUGUGUGUGUGUGUGUGUGUGUUUGCAGACAGGCCCUGCCCAUGACUGGUGUUACCAGGUGCAGUCUGCUUGAGCAGGUGCAAGGUGAGGCGCCUCCUCGUCUUACGCGAUGGCCUUCUACACCUCCAGGGUUAGGAAUUUGCUGCUUGUCAUCUUGCUCGGCGUUGUGUCUUUUUUGGUGUGCCAGACCAAAUUAUCCAGGAAAUGGGAUCUGGUCAUGGCGGUCCGUUGGUCCGGGAUAAAUUCCGCCGGCCGGGCUCGGGAGGGAAACUCCACGGCGUUCAGUACAACAAAGUACGAGUCAUGGGUGAACUCCACGCCCCCUGCGGAGUGGAAUAGCGAGCCAGGGACCACGCUCGGCGUCCCUCCCGAGACCCCCAUGCCCAUCCUGCUGGCAAAAAACUUCUCCAAGCUUCCGGUGUGGGAUUUUGAGGACGUUUACAACCAGGAUGCUGCACCCAGACAGUCGACGUGCCAACAAUCCCUCAGGAAUUCCCAGGAUGAGAGCUUCAGGAAGGCAUUCCUUCCCAACAUUCGCUUGUUCCUGCACAAAGACAACAUCAACAUGAGCGAGUGGAACAGACUCUCCCACUUCAACAAUCCCUUUGGCUUCAUGGGCUUCACUUACGACGGUGUCAUGCCGCCCGUGAAGAUGAUCCCAAGGCCAAAGGAGCCUCUCCUCUCUCCAAAGCCAGGCGGCGAUGGCUGCAUUCGUUGUGCUGUGGUGGGAACCGCCGGGAUCCUCAACGGCUCCAAACUGGGGAAAGAAAUCGAUGCACACGAUUACGUCUUUCGGAUGAACGGCGCCCUCAUCGAGGGUUACGAGGACGACGUGGGGAACAAAACGGACGUCUACGUCCACACGGCUCACUCCAUCACCAUGUCCUUGUAUCUUUGGAAGAAGUACGGCUACAAGUCUGCCCCCCACGAUGAGGGUAUCAAAUACGUUCUGAUCCCGGAGGGCAUGAGGGACUUUCAGUGGCUGGAUGGACUCCUCAAAGGAGACAGGGUGCAGUUCGGCCAGUAUAAAAACAAACGGCCCAGGACGUACUACACGGGCCAGUACAACGAGAGCCGCUUUUACGUCCUGCACCAGGAUUUCCUGCGAUACGUGCGGAACAGGUUCUUGAAGUCCCCUAACUUGAAUUUACGGUACUGGGCAAUCGUCCGACCGACCAACGGUGCUUUUGCCAUCUUCGUGGCGCUCCACACGUGUGACAUCGUGGACGUGUACGGGUUCAUGACCAAAGACUACAGACAAUAUUCCAACUAUUACUACGAGAAGGACAUAAAAACAAACGUGAUUUUCUACAUCAAUCACGACUACAUUUUGGAAAUGAAACUGUGGAAGAAUCUCCACGACAGCAAAGUACUGCGUCUGUAUCAGAGAACUUGAAGAGGAACCCAAGGAUUGGAGGGAAUGCCUGCGUUUGUAUGAUUUUUAAUUCAUGCCUUUAUAAAUACAAACAGCCCGUCAGACCUUUUCAGGUAGAAAAACAUGUAAAAACGUUUUUAAAACCAUGUUUAGAACAAAAUAAAUCAAAUGUCUCACUGAAACAACCAAAUAGUCAUUUUUAACAAAUCAUAACCAAAAACAUUUGUUCAGGAAUACAAGUAAAUAGUCACAAUCUGACAUUUUACAACAACAAAUAAUGUUUCAUUGUCAAGUUUUUUUAAAUGUUUUUUCAUAAAAACAGUACAUUUGAAAAUUAAUUACAUUAUUAGUUCAGCACAUCGGGGGCGGUACCUUUGGAUUGGCAGACCGGGGUGGUGGUUCCUCUCUUUAAGGGGUAUAUUGUAGCGUCCCGGAAGAGUUAGUGCUGCAAGGGGUUCUGGGUAUUUGUUCUGUUGUGUUACGGUGCGGAUGUUCUCCCGAAAAGUGUGUGUCAUUCUUGUUUGAUGUGGCUUCACAGUGUGGCGCAUAUUUGUAACAGUGUUAAAGUUGUUUAUACGGCCACCCUCAGUGUGACCUGUAUGGCUGUUGACCAAGUAUGCCUUGCAUUCACUUGUGUGUGUGAAAAGCCGUAGAUAUUAUGUGACUGGGCCGGCACGCAAAGGCAGUGCCUUUAAGGUUUAUUGGCGCUCUGUACUUCUCCCUACGUUUGUGUACACAGCGGCGUUUUAAAAAGUCAUACAUUUUACUUUUUGAAACCGAUACCGAUAAUUUUUGAUAUUACAUUUUAAAGCAUUUAUCGGCCGAUAAUAUCGGCAGUCCGAUAUUAUCGGACAUCUCUCAUCACGACGUGACUUAUUUUGAGUUUUUUUCUGUUUUCCCGUGCGUAGUGUUUUAGUUCUUGUCUUACUCUCCUAUUUUGGUGGCUUUUCCUGUUUUAUCAGCAUUUUCCUGUAGCAGUUUCAUGUCUUCCUUUGAGCGAUAUUCCCCGCAUCUACUUUGUUUUAGCAAUCAACAAUAUUGUAGCUGAGAUAGGCUCCAGCGCCCCCCACCAUCCCUAAGGGAAUAAGCGGUAGAAAAUGGAUGGAUGGAUGGAAUAUUUCAGUUUUUAUCCUUCUUUGUGUGGACAUUGUUGAUUGUCAUGUCAUGUACGGAUGUACUUUGUGGACGCCAUCUCUGCUCCACACGCUGUAAGUCUUUGCGGUCGUCCAGCAUUCUGUUUUUGUUUACUUUGUAGCCAGUUCAGUUUUAGUUUCGUUCUGCAUAGCCAUCCCUAAGCUUUAAUGCCUUUUCUUAGGGGCACUCACCUUUUGUUUAUUUUUGGUUUAAGCAGUAGACACCUUUUUACCUGCACCCUGCCUCCCGCUGUCGUCUGCAUAUUAUGAUCACGACAAACCAUCGUCGUCUCACAGGACGUGUUUCCGACAUCUACAAUUAGCUACCGGCUGUCAGCUACCGAUAUGGAAGAGUAUUACACGGUUACUAUGCCGAGAUCUAGACAGCACCGACACUCAACAACAACACAUCAUUUGCGGAUUAUAAUUACUGGUUUGCAAAAAAUAUUUUUAACCCAAAUAGGUGAAACUACAUAAUGUCCCACGGCACACCAGACUGUAUCAGUGGUUGAGAAACAGUGACUUAGAUACUGGGUUUCACUAUGUAAAGCGCUUUGAGUCACUAGAGAAAAGCGCUAUAUACCGUAUUUUCCGCACUAUAAGGCGCACCUAAAAACCACAAAUUUUCUCAAAAGCUGACAGUGCGCCUUAUAACCCGGUGCGCUUUAUAUAUGGAUUAAUAUUACGAUUCAUUUUCAUAAAGUUUCGAUCUCGCAACUACGGUAAACAGCCGCCAUCUUUUUUCCCGGUAGAACAGGAAGCGCUUCUUCUUCUACGCAAGCAACCG